UUAUUGCCUAUAAAUGCCACCUAUACCCACCUUCACCUUCUUCACACUUGGCUACACUCUCUCUCACUAAAAACCUAAAACCAUGUCCGCCUCUUCGAUUCUCUUCUCACUCUCUCUCCUCCUUAUCCUCUGUACCCUCGCCAAAGCUACGUACCCGGGGAUGAUUUUAACCGUCGUCAACAACUGCCCCUACACCGUCUGGCCCGCCAUCCAACCCAACGCCGGCCACCCCGUCCUCGAGCGCGGCGGCUUCCCCCUCCAGAAACUGACCCACCGCUCCUUCCCGGCCCCGAGCCAGCACUGGUCCGGCCGCAUCUGGGCCCGCACCGGCUGCACCUACUCCAACGGCCGCUUCUCCUGCAACACCGGCGACUGCGGCGGCCGCCUCGAGUGCAACGGCCUCGGCGGCGAGGCCCCCGCCACCCUAGCCCAGUUCAGCCUCCACCACGGCCACACCGACCUCUCCUCCUACGGCGUCAGCCUCGUCGACGGCUUCAACAUCCCCAUGACGGUGACGCCGCACGAGGGACGGGGCACGUGCCCCGUCGUGGGCUGCAGGGCCGACCUUGUCGCCACGUGUCCCAGCAGCUUGCAGGUUCGGUGCCCUCCCGGUCACGGACCCGUGGUGGCCUGCAAGAGUGGGUGCGAAGCGUUCCGUACGGACGAGCUUUGCUGCAGGAACCACUACAACAGUCCUCAGACGUGUAGGGCUUCCACCUAUUCUGAGUUCUUCAAGCACGCAUGUCCGGCCACCAUGACCUAUGCGCACGAUAGCCCCUCUCUCAUGCACGAGUGCUCUGCGCCCCGUGAGCUCAAGGUCAUUUUCUGUCACUAAAUGGGCAUGUUAGCAACAGUGCGGAGUAAGCUUAGUAUAGUUACUCUGGACUUCAUGUUUGGUCACUCUUUUGAGUUUCAAAUGAAAUGUUAUUCUACUUUUGGGGUUUGAAAAUGUAUUCGACUUCAAGUGGUAUUUCUAUGUCUUACUGGGAGUUUAUUUAAUGAGAGCUAAAUAUAUUCCCAAAUAUGAUCUA